UAGUUUUAUACUUGGAUCGAUUUAGUUAUGUGAUGAUUAAUCAGCCAUCGGUAGAUACAAAAGAUCUUAUAACUGUGUAUGGUCAACGGAAUGUCAAACGACAUUUAAUUAUCUUAGAACUGUGCUAGCUUUUGGAUUGUGAGUUGCCCCAAAGUAUGAGAAUCAGGUCCGUUAGGUCCGAUGUGGCGCCCCCAUAUUGUGUGGGGUUGUGAAUAUGCUCAUGGCCAAGACUUUAUUAAUUAAUGCAUUAAAUUGGUUUAGCCGCUAGGUGAUCUAGUUUGUAAGAGGAAAAAUAGUCUAAUACCAGGUUUUACCAGAAAUUGUAAAAGAUGAGCAACGAAAAUGACAAUGAAUCUGGACAAAGACGUGCCCCUCGUUUGAAUGAGAGGAUUCUGUCAUCUUUGUCUAGGAGAUCUGUUGCUGCCCAUCCAUGGCAUGAUCUCGAGAUAGGACCUGAAGCUCCAAGCGUUUUCAAUGUUGUCAUUGAGAUAUCAAAAGGAAGCAAAGUCAAAUAUGAGUUGGACAAGAAAACCGGUCUUAUUAAGGUUGAUCGCAUCCUAUAUUCUUCAGUGGUUUACCCUCAGAACUAUGGAUUCAUUCCUCGAACACUGUGUGAAGAUAAUGACCCAAUGGAUGUGCUAGUCCUCAUGCAGGAACCUGUCAUCCCAGGCUGUUUCCUUCGAGCUAGGGCGAUAGGUCUGAUGCCUAUGAUUGAUCAGGGUGAGAAAGAUGAUAAGAUCAUAGCAGUGUGUGCUGAUGAUCCAGAAUAUCGCCACUACACUGAUAUAAAGCAGCUUCCCCCUCACCGCCUGGCUGAAAUUCGUCGCUUUUUUGAAGACUACAAGAAGAACGAAAACAAAGAGGUUGCGGUUGACGAUUUUCUGCCUCCAACUACUGCUGUCGACGCCAUUCAGUACUCCAUGGAUUUGUAUGCUGAGUACAUAUUGCACAGCUUGAGGAAGUAAUUGAUUCUCUUCAGAAACAUAUAACAGAAUAUCUAUAUGUACAAUGGGAAAUGAUGAAGAAUGUGGCAACCACAUCCAUUCAUUCGCAAGAGGUUCUUUGUACUGUUUUUUUGUCUUUGUUUCUUGAUUUUUUGGGGUUGUAUGAUCUUAUGACUUUGCGAGGGUUAAUCCCUUACUGCUCUAAAGUUCUACUGUUUUAAUUAUGUGACAACAUUAAAUCGUAGUUGGUAUUUGUUCUUUUCUGUAUUUCAUUCACUAUACAGAUGGGAGUAUUUGACAGUGUUUAUUAGGUGCAAACCUAACCUAAAUUAUUUGUAAUUUCAUAGCUGGGAUGUUGACAUGACAAAGAGCAUGGAAUAGAUGGAAUAUAUAUCAACUGUUAACUGCUA